GAGCCUACCUCAGUGUUGCCAUCUCAACGAGGUUUUAAAUUAGCCUCUUUAAAUAUCAAUAAAUUAAUCACACACAUAGAUCAACUUAGAAUUCUUCUAGCGUAUAACGAAAUAGAUAUUUUAUCGAUUAAUGAAACUAAGCUCAAUGAAACUAUUAGCGACAAUGAGGUCAACAUCUCUGGCUAUGAUAUAAUUCGACGUGAUAGAAUUACAAACGGUGGAGGAGGAGUGUGUUUCUAUGUGAAAAGUUCAAUAAAUUUUACCAUACGAAAUGAUUUAAACAUGGACACUCUUGAAAAUCUAUGUCUGGAAAUUCAAAAACCUAGAUCUAAACCGUUUGUUGUUGCCACGUGGUAUAGACCACCUGAUUCUCCUAUUGGUAUUUUUUCACCUUUCGAAACUUUAAUUGGGAAACUCGAUUCCGAAAAUAUUUAACAAUUAGUUCAUGCGUCAGCGUGCGUAUGUCGAGAUAUUGAGCACGCGGGAAGUUUGGAGAGCACGAAAGAGGCGUAAGAGUUGCACGAGGCGCAGCCGAGUGCAACUCUAGCCUCUUGAGUGCUCUCCAAACUUCCCAAGUGCUCAAUAACUCGACAUACGCACAGCUGCAGCAUGAACUAAUUGUUUUAUAACAUCAUCAAAGCGAUCAACGCAUCAGUUAACUUAUAAUUUUAUUAUUGUAGGGCGCGCUCAAAGCAGUACGCGUCAAUGUUUACGUGACUAUAUAUUUUUUUCCUCACAGUUAAUCUUAUGUUUUUAUCCUGAAACUGAGAGAAAGUGUACUCUAAAAUGAUUAUAAAAUCCAUAUUUAGGUGCCGGAAAACUAUUAAUUUACCGAAAAAUUGUUAUUGAGAGAAAACAAGUUUGCAAAGAAUGAACUCACGCCAUAGCCCGCACAGCUCGCGGAGAUGACAACAACAACAACAACACUCACCUCUUUUCCUUACUAUCGGUUAACAAAUUCAAACGUUUCCUCUUAAAUUUCCUUAUAAAACACAUCGUAAACGCUUCCUUGUCUAUUGCUGAGUUAUGGAUGAACUCAGGAGACUCAGGAUUGCUAAGCUCACAACCACUCGAGGAAUUACGAAUAGUUUAUUGACGUCAUCAGCGUGCUCAAUAGGAAUAUGAAGCACGCUCGCGCUAUUGAAUUUGAUUAGGCGAAUUUUCUAGCUAUGUUAUAAUGAAUAUUUUCUAAUGGGAGACCUUAACUGCGACAUGAUUGCUACUCGAUAUGACAAUAAUACAUGCAAAUUAAUGAAUAUCACUGAUAUUUAUGGUCUACAGCAACUUAUCACUGAACCAACCAGAAUAACUCCGACUUCUGCAACUUUGAUUGAUGUAAUCUAUACUAAUUGUCCAGAUAAAGUUGUGUGUUCGGGGGUUCGUCAUAUCAGUAUUAGCGAUCAUAGCAUAGUUUUUGCCUAUCGAAAAUUAUCCGUGAAUGGAAUGUCUGGUGGGCACAAUGCUAUAACCUACAGAAACUUUCGAAAAUUUAAUCGAAUAAAUUUUCGGAAUGAUAUUGCAUCUCAUUGUUGGGAUCACAUAUACAAUUCAACUGAUCCCAAUCAAAUGUGGCUACAAUGGAAAUGCUCGUUUCUAUCUAUUGUUAACAAGCAUGCUCCCUUGAGGACAAUGCGUGUUCGCACGCGUAGUUCCCCAUGGAUUACAUCUGAGCUUAAGAAACGAAUGCAUGAUCGGGAUAUUCUAAAGAUUAAAGCAAGUAAAUCGAAUGAUUCAAAUGACUGGUCACUUUUUAAAAAACAACCAAUAAAGUAAAUAGCGAAAUCAGAUUAGCCAAGCAAGCCUAUUAUCAAAAUAGUUUUAACAAGCAUACGGGCGAUUCUAAAAAGACCUGGCAGACUAUCAAUGAACUUACUUCGCGAAAAUCUGGGAAAAAAUCGGUGACAUCUCUGAAAGUAAAUGGAGUAUCAAUAACAAAUCCAACUGUGCUGUCGAACCAAUUUAAUAAUCACUUUGCUACUAUCGGUCCAGAACUUGCUAGCAAUAUUGAUUCCUCAAAUAGUGAUGGUUAUCAAAAGUACCUCACUGGCACAGAUAAACGGUUUCAGCUCCAUCCGACCAGUACAAAUAAAGUUCUCUCACUUUUGAAUCGUCUAAACAAGUCAAAGGCAGCUGGCCUUGACAAGAUAUCUGCUAGGCUCAUUCGGGAAUGUGCAGAUCUCAUUUGCAUUCCUAUCCGUGAUAUUUUUAACCAGUCAAUAAGUCAAGGCAUAUUUCCGGAUGACUGGAAAUGCGCAAAGGUCACCCCACUUUUAAACAAGGCGAUCGGGACGACUUAAACAAUUAUCGUCCAAUUUCGGUGAUCUCAGUUAUGGCCAAGGUCUUUGAAAGAAUCGUCUAUGAUCAAUUAUAUGCCUACCUAGAAGAGCACAAUAUAAUCUGUAAAUAUCAAUCAGGCUUUCGCGCUAUUCACUCAACUGUUACGGCUCUCCUUGAGGCCACGGACACUUGGGCGUACAAUAUUGACCGCGGUAAAAUCAACGCCGUUGUUUUCUUAGAUCUCAAAAAGGCCUUCGACACAGUUGACCAUGAGAUCCUUUUAUCAAAAUUAAGCAAUUACGGCAUAUAUGGUAACGCGCACCAAUGGUUUAAGUCGUAUUUAGAGAAUCGUACUCAAAUGUGCUCCAUCAACGGAUCGCUCUCUCAAAGCUGUUUAUUAAGUUGUGGUGUACCCCAGGGGACGAUUUUAGGUCCAUUAUUAUUUCUGUUAUACAUCAACGAUCUUCCAAACUGUCUUUCAAACUGUGAGCCGAGGAUGUACGCUGAUGACACCCACCUUACGUACGCAGGUGAUAAUGCAGACAAUAUUCAGUUGCAUCUAAAUCAAGAUUUAGAAAAUGUUCACAAUUGGCUGAGAGCAAACAAACUUACUCUAAAUAUGACUAAAACCGAAUUUAUGCUUAUCGGAUCUAGGCAGAGGCUAAGUACUCUCACAGAGUCCCCGACAUUUGCAAUUAAUGAUUUUGAAGUUAGUCAGGUCACUACUGCAAAAUCACUUGGAGUGACCAUCGAUGACAGACUUGGAGUGGCCAUAUCGAGAAAGUAACAAAGAAAGUCGCUUCUGAUAUUGGGGCCAUAAAACGAAUAAGGCACCUUGUCCCUCAGGCGACCUUACAACUAAUAUAUCAAGCUUUAAUACAGCCACACUUUGAUUAUUGCAACAUUGUUUGGGGAAACUGUGGGAUAACCUUACGGAAUAAGGUUCAAAAGCUACAAAACAGAGCAGCCCGUGUUUUGACCUACUCAAGCUAUGACGUAGAUGCUGGUCACCUUUUCAAACUUCUAGGGUGGAAAAACCUAGCUUGCCAGCAACAAUUUCAAAGAGCUACGAUGGUUUACAGGUCUCUGCACGGGUUGGCUCCAAACUAUCUUAGUUCUAAAUUUGAAAGGCGAGAAGUCGCAUAUAACCUAAGGGACUCUGAAAAUAAACUCAAUAUUCCAUUACCGCGCACAAACUAUUACAAAAACAGCUUCAGCUAUAGUGGCGCCAUUCUCUGGAACAGUCUUCCUUGUAACUUAAGGGAAGCAGAGUCCCUUGGGCAAUUUAAACGAUUACUCAAAGAACUGUAA